ACACGACAGGAUAACGAUAUCGUUCCAUUUUCUGCGACUGCGACUGCUCUGGGCUUGACGAUCUUGAUUCAUAUUGACUAGCGAAGGCUAAGGAGCCUUUUCUGCAGUCUUCCAAAGCGAGGUCGUGGCUGUGGAUCUGCUGCUUCAUCCCGUUUUGCGAGCUUCUCGAGGGUUUUCCUCUCGCUGCUUCGAUUCUUUCGGCCUUCUUCAGUUCGCGAGACGUGACGGGCGGAAGGUCUAGUUGGAUCGCUUCUUCCCGCGUUACACGAUAGCUUGCGACCAUUACCGCUUCACGCCUCUUUCGCUCUUUCAGGCAGUGCUUUCGUGCAGGCGCAGCAAGAGUACGCAACACAGUACAGCACAUCCAACCCAGGACUCCACGCUACGAGCCUCCCUACCCCCACAGUCAACAUGGCUAGCAACACUGUAGCUCAGCGCCUCCAGAAGGAACUCAUGGACCUCCUCACUCACCCCACGCCCGGCAUCUCGGCCUUCCCCUCCGACUCGAACCUCUCGCUCUGGACCGCCACCAUCACCGGCCCCGCCGAUACGCCCUACGACGGCCUCGUCUUCAAGCUCAGCAUGGAGUUCAGCCCCGAGUAUCCGUACAAGGCCCCCACGGUGCUGUUCCGCACGCCCAUCUACCACCCGAACGUGGAUUUCUCGGGGAGGAUCUGUCUGGAUAUCCUGAAGGAUAGGUGGAGUGCGGUGAUUAGUGUGGGGAGUGUGCUGUUGAGUUUGCAGAGUCUGCUGGGGGAGCCGAAUAAUGCGUCGCCGCUCAACGGUCAGGCGGCAGAGCUCUGGGACAAGGAUCCGGCCGAGUUCAAGAGGCUGGUGCUGGCGAGGCACAAGACGCCCGAGGAGCUGGACGCGGCGGGUCUCUAGAAGUGGCGGUAUCUGGUCAUCUCUGGAGCUUCUGUCAUCGCAGUUGAGGGACAGGAGGGUCAGAUGAAUUGAGAGGCUACGCAAGGGCAUGACGAGCAUGGUGAUGAAAUGGAAUAUCUGAGAAUGGGAGUCAGACGGCGGUGUCAACCUCUUGUCUGCCUGGUCUACCCAGAAGGAAGCCGUUUUUGUGCAUUCGGUGGCGUCUGAGCAUCUGCGCACGUCUGGAUUCGAGGGAGGAUUUGCAUUGGGCGGUGUGGGUUUUUCUCAUCGGAACGGCGUAGAGUUGGUGUGUGGGCAAAAUAUAUUUAUUCCUUUUCCU